UGCCGAUGCUGUAGGCCUGCGCAUUACUAUAUGCACUAGCGGCUACACGUGUACUGAGCACUGCGGGCUGCUGCCCCAUAGGAUGGGCAAGUCUCUGCCUCACUAGGACUCUCCAUUCCCUGCUGCCGGGAGGCUCCCCGGGGUGCGGAGCAUUGCGGGAAAGAGCCGCACAAAUCACACAUGCCGUACAGUUAGACUGCAGUUCUGAUUUGAAGAUGGAAACCUGCGCGAAUGAAAACAUCUGCAUCUCUGAAGAAAUAAGUCAAGAAGGUUCCCCAGCAGAGGAAGAUGGAAGCAAUGAAAUGGCAAAAUCUUCUGCUGAGUCCUGUCCAGACAGCAAGAAUAAAGCAGGGAUUUAUAGAUACAUCAAAGACGAUCUCUUCACUUCAGAGAUUUUCAAAGUAGAAAUACAAAACUUGCCAAAAUACAUAUGCUUUAAUGACUUAAAAAAAUUCCUUGGCAAGUAUGGGCUAAAUCCUCAUAAGAUUAAACUCAUGAAUAAACAAACUUUUGCAUUUGUGACUUUUAAAAGUGAAGAAGAGCGUGACAAAGCUAUGAAAGUCAUACAUGGGGUGAAGUGGAAGAACCGUACACUUAGUGUUCGACUUGCAAAGCCCAGGGCUGACCCCAUAAUGCAAAAAAGAAAGCAGGAAGAAGGAGAUGGUGAACAGCCAGAAAGCAAGCGUCAGGCUGCACACAAUGAUGCAGAGGAGGAGCCCCUCAGUAAAACGAUCUCGGAUGUAGUGACUCCUUUGUGGCAAGUUCCAUAUGAAGAACAGCUGAAAAUUAAGGAGGAAGAAUGUUGCAAAGUAUUGAAGCAGUUAACAAAGGAAAUAGGAGUGAAUAACAAGCCACUAGCCCCUUGGCUGUUUGAGCAGAAACAGAAGUACAAUAGACUCUGCUGUCCCCUGGAACGUGUCAUACCAUCUCCAAUACAGACAGAGUAUCGUAACAAAUCUGAAUUCCUUAUUGGAUAUGGUGUUAACCAGGAAGACAAAACAGUGGGCUGCAGGCUUAGCAAAUAUAAAGGAGGCACAUGCGCUGUGGUUGAGCCAUUUGAUACAAUAAACAUUCCCCCUGUUACCAAGAAUGUUGUGAGAGCUUUCCAGGAAUACAUAAGGAGCACUCCAUAUGAUGUCUAUAGCCCUGAAACAUAUGCUGGUCACUGGAAGCAGCUUACUGUCCGUACCAGCAGAAAGGGGCAGGUUAUGGCAAUAGUGUAUUUUAACCCCCAGAAACUGCCUAAGGAGGAUCUCUCAGAGCUAAAAACGUCACUAUCAAUGUAUUUCACUGAAGGGUCGGGGAAGGAAAGUGGUGUCACCUCCCUUUAUUUUGUUGAAGAGGGUCAAAGGAAGUCUCCCCACCUGGAGGAUUUGCCUGUGGAACAUAUAGCUGGAGACCAGUAUAUCUAUGAAGAUCUACUUGGUCUAACCUUCAGAAUUUCACCUCAUGCCUUCUUCCAGGUUAAUACACCUGCAGCUGAGGUUCUGUAUUCAGCCAUUGCAGACUGGGCUCAGCUGGAUCAGAACACCACUGUUUUGGAUGUUUGCUGUGGGACUGGAACCAUUGGCAUUUCUUUGGCUAAGAAAGUCAAAAAAGUUGUUGGAAUUGAACUGUGUCAGGAGGCUAUUGCAGAUGCCAAGGCAAAUGCUCAACUAAAUAAUUUGGACAAUGUAGAGUUCCGAUGUGGCAAAGCUGAGGACAUCUUUCCCACCCUUAUUUACUCUUUCACGUUCCCAAGCCCACUGGCCAUUGUUGAUCCACCAAGAGCCGGCCUCCACUCCAAGGUGAUUAUUGCAAUUAGGAAAGCAGAGCAUUUGAAGCAACUGAUAUAUGUUUCCUGCAAUCCCAAGGCAGCAAUGAACAACUUUAUUGACCUGUGCCGUGCUCCUUCCAAUCGUGUCAAGGGGAGACCAUUUCGGCCAAUCAAAGCCUUAGCUGUAGACCUUUUCCCGCAGACUCCACAUUUUGAAUUGGUUAUUCUGUUUGAGAGAACGGAACCUGCAGAAAUCGUAACUGAUCCGUCUAAAAGCACCGAGCCGUCACUUGUGCCGUGACACAGUUCGGCCAGACUGAGGUUGUUAUGGAAAGUAAAGCUGCCGAAGGUACGGCAGUGAGGGCAAAGAUUCAUGGUGUUAUUCAUUUCAGUGUUGUAACUAAUGAGUUCUCUCUUGAGUCACUUUAUUUAAAUGUAAAACUGGACCAACCAACAGCAUUUCCAUGUGUUUAGUGUGUCCACUUAAAUAAAAUAUAUAGAAAAAUAGGACUGAAUCUUAUACUUUAUUUAGCCAAAGUAUUUCUAGCAUCCUGGCUCCUUGACAGGCAUAACAGGCAUAGCUCACUGGGGGGGGGGGGGGCUAACAAUGGUUUGAUUCUUCAGCAAGUAAAUGGUUUUAUAAAUAUACUGUUGUGUACCCCUCUUUCUUGUAACCUUCCUUGGCUCAUGGUGCCUCCUGGACUUGGUACCAUGUUAAGAGCCUGUCUCAAAACUCACAGAUGUUGCUAAAAUGGAUUCUGACAGAGACACUCUGCACUCCCCCAUUAUCAAUAUCUAUAAGACAUUCUGUGCAUUAAGCUACCAAGAAAUGCCCUCCCCUUUAAGCACAACAGGGAUUGUUUGUCCAUAUAUUGCAAUAUACUUCAAGCUGGCCAACUAUGUCAGUCAUCCCUGGUAUGGCCAGUCCUAUCUGAUUCAUUAAGAAUUCUACUGCUUCAAUAUACAUUUAACAAAGGGACUAAGUUUUACCUGAAAGCUUGCUUUCAAGGUUAAAACCCCCAAAAGGCUGCCAUUUUAUUGGCUCCACUGGGUUCACCUGACUGUAGCUGGGAAUGGUCGGAGCUACAACAUGGAGCUGGCCACUGCUCUUAUAUAAAGGAACUGCGGCACAAAUGUUUUUAAGUAAAAUAUAUUGUCCACCCUGCUCCAAUAAUUGUCCUAUCCUGCAGAAUGUUUAUUAUUUUCAAUGCUUUAUUAAAAAAUACCUGCUAAAA